GUGGAAUGUCAUGACACUUUGGCGGCAAUUAGAAAGGAGAGGGGAGAGAAAAUUUUCGAAUGCUUCGUUGCCACAUGUAGAAGAAAUUUCCUAACGCCAAAGGGUAGGAGACUUCAUCUAAUUAAUUCACACAACUACCCCAAGGAAUACUUCUUUGCCAUCACCAAUAAGGGAAUUGGAGGUCUUUUGAAGAAGUGGGGUCCUGGUGCCAGCCUCAUUCGAAAAGAGUGGAAGCGUCGGGAAAAGCCAGAACAUUCCAGUGAUUCCGAAGAUAAUGGCGAUGAAGAUGGCGAAGAAGUUGAACGCUCAUAUGAUACAGCUCCACGAAAACCAUCUCAAAUGCCGAAAACUGUCCGGGAUCCCCCACCUCACUUGCAAUCACUUCCUCCGGCCUCCACCCAGAACCAAUCCUCUUCUCGAGCCUUCGCAACUCCCACUCCGUCGUCUCCAAAAGCUCCUCCAUCGUCUACUGAACUCUCGAAUGACGCAGAUAACAAUGGCGCGGCCAUGGAUGUACUAAUCCAGAACGUAAGCGCCCUCACUCUAGUGCCAAGUUCAAUCCGAUUUGGCAGAGGCGGAAAACAGAGAGGAUCUGCACCCCGUCCACGCCGAAACAAUCAGCUCAGUGCCGGUUUAACGUCUAAUAUGGAGUUGGAUUUGAAAAGUGGAUAAUGAUGGGAUUUGGUAUUCGAUGUUGCUAUUCCUUCGGUGCGGUGAAUGUCCUACGAAGGGCUUUGGUUCUAGCCCCUACGUCUCCCUUACAUCUCCUCAUCGCGCC